AUGAGCGAUUCAAAUCAAUACAAAAUUUUGAUCGCGGCUGAAGAAUCAGAGGUGUCAUGCAAAGCGAUUAGACACGCGUUCGAUUUAUGUUCAAGACUAAAUACACCUUAUAGUUUAGAAAUCGUCUAUGUCAUUGCAUUGAAUCCAGAAACCAACGUCCCAUUUUUGCAUAAUUUGGACAAAGCCAACAACCUUGAUAUCCUUUUAGAUGCAAAAAAACCCAUAUCUAUGGUGAUGGAGCGUUUAGAGCAAUACAAAAGUAUUUAUGUAAGGGAUCUUUUAAAGAGUAAUCUUUUAAAGAACGUUGAAUAUAACUUUAACAAACUUGAAGGACAUGGAAUAGUUGGGAAAAUUUUGAAAGACUAUAUUGAAACACAUAAGCCUGAUUUAAAUUUAUUAAUCGUCGGAUCAAGAGACCUUGAUGGAUUACAAAAGAUUGUCUUGAGUUCUACUAGUGAUUAUUUGGUUAAACAUUUGCGAUGUCCUGUUACAAUUGUCAAGCCAUAA